CGAAUCUUGACCCGACCCGAACUCCGACUGCAAUUGCUCCCAAAUUCUCGUCUCUUUCUCCGAAAUGGCCACCUCCAUUGACCCCGCUACUUGGGUCCAUGAAUCCUCCAUCAUCAAAGAGGAGGAACUUCGAGAAAUGGCGGAAUUCCUAGGCAAAGGCUUCCGGAUUCACCAUCCUGAUGCUGUUGGGAGGAUCAGUCUAACUCAUAAUCCGGAUCCCGGAAAUACAUGGUCAUGCAUUACCAUUCGGUGGGGAACGGGUUCAGGCUGCCCCUCCAUGGUUUAGUCCGCGACAUCUGCCGGACCUUUGAGUUCCCCCCUGGCCAAUUGACCGCGAAUGCACAUAAAUAUGUUGCAUCCUACAUCUUACGGUGUUGUGCCCAGGAUAGGACCCCGAGUCUGAAUGAAUUUCUCGCCCUUUUCAGCAUCGGUAGAGUUUUCCCUUUCUACAGUGUGUUUCCUCAUCCCAAGUUCCCAGUUUUUGAGAAGGUUGAGGCCAAAAUUGACAGAUGGGCCUGUCGCUACUUCAUCAUUGAAUUCCCGGUCCAUAGCCCUAUAGAUCUGCCAGGACUGUUACGCCGUGGUUCCCUCUCCCGGACUCCGUUCCCGGCCGUGCCCCGGGUGGAGGGAGUGUACAACGCCUUGAGAGAGGAGAGGGGGCUGAUUUUACAUCAUUCCCUUCAGUUCUCCGAAUUGUACAAGAAGGCUCAAGGUGGCGCUACUACCUUGGUAAUUUGCACACCAUCUGCCGCCCUGGAUGCCGUUCCCAUCUCUGCCAUUCCUAGGCUAAGUAGGCCCAUGCCGUCUCAGAAGCGGCCACGGGAAGGGAUAACUGAUGAUGACUUCCUUCCUAAGAAGAGUAAGGGUGAUGGCACUCCCGCUUCGCCCAGCCCCCUGACUGCUUCUUCUGGCACUCAAGCCGCCACUACCGAUGUCGCAUCUGGAGAGCUGGAGUUACCCAACCCAGAUAGCUUGGACCGUGAAGCGGAUAAAUCUUCUAACCAAGCGCCACUCCAAAGACCCGCGGGGCAACCUCAGCCUGUGGUGGAAAACGCCUCCCCGUCAACUGCUGCCACUUCUCAAAGGAUGGAGAAAGAGGCCUCCCACUCUACCAUCCAGGUCAAUCUGGAGAAGAUGAGGGGAUCGGUGCAGGAUCCCCUAAUUCCACAGGCACGCCCUGACCUGCUUGCCCUCGGUGUCCAACACUCCAUGGAGCAGGCCAUGGUGGUCCUAAAGGAUAAGGAGUUGGUCGCCCAAGCUCUGCAACAGAAGGUUGGUUUCCUCGAGCAGCAAGUCCAAUCCCUACAAGAGGAGAAUGCUAGGCCCAAAGCAGAUGCCUCAGCAGAACUGCUGGCUGAGAGUUCUAGGGUCAAGUCCCUGCAAGAGCAGAUUGCCACCUACCAAGGAAGUACCCAGGACCUGGAGGAACAGUUUGACAAACUCCGGGGGCAAAUCUCCUGUCUAGAGUCGAAAAUCUCUGCCUUGGAAGGCAAAGAAGGGAGCCUGAAAGCUGAACUAGUUGAAAGGAAAUCCCGGAUCUCUGAGUUGGAGAAAUCACUCCAUGAGGCCAAGCAAGAGGGUGCCCACUUUAGUGAGGAGAAUGAGAAAAUCGAUGAGAUGUUUGAACGAUUCUCCAAAAUCGUCAACGAUCUCCAUGCUCUCAAAAAGACGUACACGGACAAGGAGCUUGUGAGAAAAAUCCUGCGAAGUCUCACACCGGAGUGGCGGUCCAAAGCCGAUGCCAUCCAAGAGUCCAUUGGUGUCACCAACGUCGCCAUUGACGGGCUUAGAGGUAACCUCAAAACCUAUGAGUCUACCAUUUUAUUCCCCUCUUUAGGUGAACAAAAGAAGAAGGGAAUUGCACUCAAGGCUUCCUCAAGCCAAGAACCCGCCAUGGAGGAAUCAAGCGAUGAAGACAACGAGUUCGGGCUAGUCAUCAAGAAAUUCCACAAGUUCAUGCACAAGGAGUAUGAACGAAAGGGUAAAAAGCAUGGAGGACCACCCAAGUGCUAUGGAUGUGGAGAAGUUGGGCAUAUCAAGCCAAAAUGCCCAAAUGCCAAAAACGAGAAGGAGAAGAAACCAUUCAAGAAGCACCGAGCUUACAUCUCGUGGGGAGGUGAUUCCGGCGACGAAUCAUCGGAAGGUGAAGAAAAUGAAAGCGCCAACCUUUGCCUCAUGGCACACGAGGAACCACCGGAAGAGGUAUGUACCACUUCUAAGGAUUCUCAUACUUUAGAUGAUGUACAAGAAGCUUUUAAUGAACUCUAUGAUGAAUAUGUUAAUGCUUCUAAAAAUAACAAGGAUUUAAAGAAACAACUCACUUCCAUGGAGAAGGAGGUUAAUAAAUUAUCAAAAGAUAAUGAAAAACUUAAAGAAGAAAAUAAGUUUUUCGGAAAAAGAAGCGCCGAAAAACCAGAGAGUUCAAAAUGUAGUUCUUGCACAUCACUUAAAGAACAAGUUGCAAAACUUGAAGGAACCUUAAAGAAGUUUGGUGUUUCUCAUAAAAAUCUCAAUGGUGUUCUUGAUAAUUUGCAACUUGCUAAACAUGGCCUAGAUUCGUUGGAAAACAUCUAUCUCAACGACGAUGACGAAGUAGACGACUCAAAGGAAAGCCAAGAUGAAGAAGUAGAGCCACCCGUAAACGAGGAACAACCACAAGAGGAGGAAACGCCAAUGGCAAGGGCAUGGAGGACUUCAAAGAACCAUCCUCUUGACAAGGUGAUCGGUGACAUCAACCGAAAGGUAAGCGGUCAAAGAAAGCGUUCUCGCACCGGCAAGAACGUGGCUUCUUCCUCGGCUCCUCCUUCACCGGCGCACAAGUACCUCGACGGGUCGUUCCUUUGGUUCAACGACCACGCAGAGGCGACGCAGUUCUCGGAGAAAUUUGAGCACCGAGAGAUUCUCCCUCCCCGAUUCUCCACAGCCCGCUUCAUUCAUGACUCCACUCCACGUGAGGCACGAGUUAUCCUCGAACGUGGAAACUUCCUCGACCUCCUCUACAUCAAGAAGGUCAAUUAUCACCCCUUUCUUGUUCGAGCUUUCUACUCGAACUUGAAAAAGGAUGAGGACGGAGCGUUGAUCUCUAACGUCAACGGGGUGGACAUCUAUUUGAAUGAGGAGAACAUUCAAAUCCUCACCGGGCUUCGUCGGGAUGGACAGGAUCUCGGGCUCUACGUUGGAGAAGAAGGAGCACGGUUCAACGAGACCGCUCUCUUGGAGGAAGAGGACACGAAGACAAUUCAUGCGAUGAUUCACAACGCCAAUCUCAAUUGGUGUAAAUUUGUGAUGACUCACAUGUUCACGGCCACCUCCGACAAUCGGCCGCUCCCCUACGCCCUCCUUGUCAUGGCGAUUCUUGAAGAAUAUAACAUCAAAACCGAUGUUGGGCCAAAGAUAAAGGGGACAAAGCAUUGGGAGAUUGAUGAAUCCUCUUUCCACUCGGGCACCGACGAGACUCCGUUUCGACAGCCUCGUCCACGCCGCCAACCGAGAGCCAUUGCCUCAGCCGCCGCCACUUCGACCAAUCCUUCUCUCGCCGAGCAAAUGGCAGCCUUGACCGCCACUCUCUCUCGGAUUGACACGAACGUCUCUAAAACGGCACACAACGUCAAUACCUUGAGUCGUGAACUUCACGGGUAUUUUGACUUUGUCAAUUACCCGUACGCUCAAAUGGUCCCUUACGUUCCUCCACCGAAUUUUGGAGGUGAACAAAGUGGGACUCAAAACGUUGGUAGAGAUGACGAGGUGGAUGAUGAGGAAGAGGAAGAAGAAGAAGAAGAUGAUGAUGAUGAUGAUAAUGAUGAUGGCGAUGGUGAUGAAGAUGAAGAAGAAGAAGAAGACAUUGACGAAGAACAACUUCUCAAUGAUCUUUCCCCGGAUUUCUAGAGCUCUAACUCUACUUUCUUCUCUUCCUUAUUUUAUCAUCUUUUAAUACGCUUUCGUUAUGUGCUCCGUUAUUUCCCUUAAUUAAUUAAUAAAAAUCUUUAUGAUUUUUGUUGUUAACAAUCUUUUUGUUAAUGUCAAAAGGGGGAAGAUAAAGGCUAUGCAUAUAUUAAGGGGGAAUUUUUUAAAAAGAUCAAAAUCCUAUGCAUAUCCCCGUCUUGUUUGCCAUUAUCAAAAAGGGGGAAAUUGUUGGAACACGCUUUCUACGAUAAACUAAAGUCGUGUUCAUUUC